CGCCCCGCAGAGGGCCCCUUCCUAAACGAUCCGAUGUACUCCCACACAUUAGCCGCUUUCCUUCAAACAUGCCUGGCUGGAAAGGUUGCAUCUUCUCUCUGCUGGGUCAGGCAUUUAUCCCGUUCCUGAGUUCUCCGAUUUUCAGCUUCAAGAGAGAAGGAAACGAUUCAAAGGUUGUCAUUCCUGGGCGGAGAAGCUCUGCGGAACUGUCGUUGUCCGGAACUGGAUAGCUGUUGCUCGGCGGAGCUCUGAAAAGGAACACCCGGGGCAAGAUGGCGGCGGAGUCUUGGUCGCUGCCCCGGGUCCACCAGCUUUCAAGUGUAUUCGGUUGAGGCGACAGUACCUGCGGCUCCGACCCCGAGCGCUGGGGCCUCGAGCGGAGAAAGGUCUACGUCCUACCGAGAAGAGAAGCAGCACUGAACUGCGAAGCUGCCCCCGGCGGUGAGUCCUCUGCACGACCACCGAUGAUCGCUUGGCACUUCGGCGACACAGGCAGGCCCUCGGGGUUUGUGCAGGUGUGCAAGCAUGUUCACCGUUUCUCAGACCUCGCGAGCGUGGUUCAUCGACAGAGCCCGCCAGGCUCGGGAGGAGAGGCUCGUGCAGAAGGAGCGGGAGCGCGCAGCCGUGGGGAUCCAGGCCCACGUCCGGAGCUUCCUCUGUCGGAGCCGACUGCAGAGAGAAAUCAGGAGAGAGAUCGAUGAGUUUUUUAAAGCAGAUGAUUCUGGGUCCAGUAAAAGAAGUGCACUGUGUAUUUUUAAGAUCGCCAGGAAACUGCUGUUCUUGUUCAGAAUUAAAGAGGAUAAUGAGAGAUUUGAAAAGUUGUGCCGCUGCAUCCUGAGCAGUAUGGAUGCUGAGAAUGAACCCAAGGUGUGGUAUGUGUCCCUGGCUCUCUCCAAGGAUCUCACCCUCUUGUGGAUCAAACAGAUCAAGGACAUCCUCUGGUAUUGCUGUGAGUUUCUUAAGCAGCUCAAGCCUGAAAUCUUACAAGACUCCAGACUCGUCACACUGUACCUCACGAUGCUUGUCACCUUCACAGACACUUCAACGUGGAAAAUUUUCCGGGGAAAAGGUGAGAGUCUUCGACCAGCCAUGACCCACAUCUGUGCAAAUAUAAUGGGACAUCUCAACCAGCGUGGGUUUUAUUCCGUGCUGCAGAUACUGUUAACCCGUGGCCUGGCGAGACCCCGGCCCUGUCUGUCCAAGAGCACUUUGACAGCAGCCUUUUCUCUCGCACUGCGCCCUGUGGUUGCUGCACAGUUUUCAGACAACCUGCUUCGGCCGUUCCUCAUCCACAUCAUGUCUGUGCCCGCUCUCGUGACGCAUCUCGGCAUAGUGACCCCGGAGCGCCUUGCUGUUCUGGAAUCCCAUGACUUGCUUCGUAAAUUCAUCACAUUCUUACGAGAUAAAGAUCGAUGCCGUGAUGUCUGUGAAAGUUUGGAAGGAUGCCACACGCUGUGUCUGAUGGGCAACCUCCUGCACCUGGGCUCCCUCAGCCCCCGCGUGUUGGAGGAGGAGACGGACGGGUUUGUGGGCCUGCUCACCCAGAUGCUGUGCUACUGCCAGAAGUACGUGUCGCAGAAGAAGUCCAACCUGACCCACUGGCACCCCGUCCUCGGCUGGUUCUCCCAAUCCGUGGACUAUGGCCUUAACGAGUCCAUGCCCUUGAUCACCAAACAGCUGCAGUUCCUGUGGGGGGUGCCCCUGAUCCGCAUCUUCUUCAGUGACAUCCUGAGCAAGAAGCUGCUGGAGAACCCGGAGCCCGCAGCCCACGUGCCAUCGGCAUCCCCGCAGAACGUGCUUCCCGUGAAGAAUCUCCUGAAGCGCGCCUUCCAGAAGUCCGCGUCAGUGAGGAACAUCCUGAAGCCCGUGGGGGGCAGGCGCGUGGACUCCGCGGAGGUGCAGAAGGUCUGCAACAUCUGCGUCCUCUACCAGACCUCGCUGACCACGCUGACCCAGAUCCGGCUGCAGAUUCUCACAGGUCUCACCUACCUCGAUGACCUGCUGCCCAAGCUGUGGGCGUUCAUCUGCGAGCUGGGGCCCCACGGAGGGUUAAAGCUCUUCCUGGAAUGCCUCAGCAACGACACCGAAGAGUCGAAGCAGCUCUUGGCCAUGCUGAUGCUGUUCUGUGACUGCUCCCGGCACCUUGUCACGAUCCUUGAUGACAUUGAAGUUUAUGAAGAACAGAUCUCAUUCAAACUGGAAGAGCUGGUCACCAUCUCCUCCUUCCUGAACUCCUUCGUGUUCAAGAUGAUCUGGGAUGGCAUCAUAGAGAACGCCAAGGGCGAGACCUUGGAGCUGUUCCAGUCCGUCCACGGGUGGCUGAUGGUGCUGUACGAGCGGGACUGUCGGCGGCGCUUCGCCUCCGAGGACCACUGGCUGCGCAAGGAUCUCAAACCUAGUGUGCUCUUCCAAGAACUGGACAAGGACCGAAAACGGGCACAGCUGGUCCUGCAGUACAUCCCUCACGUCAUUCCACACAAAAACAGGGUGCUCCUGUUCCGAAACAUGGUCACCAAGGAGAAGGAGAAGCUGGGGCUCGUGGAAACCAGCUCGGCCUCCCCGCACGUCACGCACAUCACUAUCCGGCGGUCCCGGAUGUUGGAGGACGGCUACGAGCAGCUCCGGCAGCUCUCCCAGCACGCCAUGAAGGGCGUGAUCCGCGUGAAGUUCGUCAACGACCUCGGGGUGGACGAGGCGGGGAUUGACCAAGACGGCGUUUUUAAGGAGUUCUUGGAAGAGAUCAUCAAGAGGGUGUUUGACCCGGCACUCAACCUGUUCAAGACAACCAAUGGGGACGAGAGGCUCUACCCCUCGCCCACAUCUUACAUUCAUGAGAAUUACCUGCAGCUCUUCGAGUUUGUGGGCAAGAUGCUGGGCAAGGCCGUGUAUGAGGGAAUUGUGGUGGACGUGCCCUUCGCGUCCUUCUUCCUGAGCCAGCUGCUCGGGCACCACCACAGCGUCUUCUACAGCUCCGUGGACGAGCUGCCUUCCCUGGACUCCGAAUUCUAUAAGAACCUCACCUCCAUUAAGCGCUACGACGGGGACAUCGCUGACCUGGGCCUGACGCUGUCCUACGACGAGGACGUCAUGGGUCAGCUCGUCUGCCAUGAACUGGUUCCUGGGGGGAAGACCAUUCCUGUUACAAAUGAAAAUAAAAUUAGCUACAUCCAUUUGAUGGCGCAUUUUCGAAUGCACACGCAAAUCAAAAACCAGACAGCUGCCCUCAUUAGCGGAUUCCGUUCUAUUAUCAAACCCGAGUGGAUCCGGAUGUUCUCAACCCCUGAGCUACAGCGUCUCAUCUCCGGUGACAAUGCUGAGAUUGAUCUGGAAGAUUUAAAGAAGCACACAGUGUACUACGGUGGUUUCCAUGGAAGUCACAGGGUCAUCAUCUGGCUUUGGGACAUUCUGGCCUCCGACUUCACGCCCAGCGAGCGAGCCAUGUUUCUGAAGUUUGUGACCAGCUGCUCCAGGCCACCGCUCCUGGGCUUCGCCUACCUCAAGCCUCCGUUCUCCAUUCGCUGUGUCGAAGUGUCGGACGACCAGGACACCGGGGACACCCUGGGCAGCGUCCUGCGGGGCUUCUUCACCAUCCGCAAGCGGGAGCCUGGGGGCCGUCUGCCCACCUCCUCCACCUGCUUCAACCUGCUCAAGCUGCCCAACUACAGCAAGAAGAGCGUGCUCCGCGAGAAGCUGCGCUACGCCAUCAGCAUGAACACGGGCUUUGAGCUGUCCUAGCUUCCGGCCGCCGGCCCUCCAGGACCCCUGGCCUCCCCUGGGGGUGUGGGUAACAGCGGCCCCCAGACCCUCUCUAUAGCCAUGAGACGCCCCUGUGGCCCCAGAACUUCGGAUGCACACGUCGACUCCACACAGCAUUCUCCACUGACGGGAAGGGGCGUCGGAAAUAAACCUCCGGGUUCCGCCAGCGUGGGUCCUUCCCUCCCGCACCCCCGCGGCCUGGAGCCCGGCCCGUGACUGCGAGGGGCCUGUCUUGUGGUAGUCGGGUCUUCUCGUGAGUCUCUCUCUCCUCGACCUCCUGCAUGAGCCGUGCGUGGGCCAGGCCCAGGCACUCGCAGACUCGGGGAGGUUUCCGUGACGGGCCUUAGGGCACGGAGCCUAGUUUGCGUGAGACACUCUCCU